ACAGUAUUAGACUAUUUAUUAUAAUGUUUUUAUUAACAUUCCAUAAAAAAAAAAACGAAUGACAAUUGUAGGCCCCUCAUUAAAGACAACCCAAAACCACUAAUAAAGAGAACAAAUCUGGUUCUUUUAUACAUAACAUACCUGUAAUACGUGGUACAUAAGUAUUACUGAAUGUUCAAAACAAACCCUGUUUGACAAAAAAAGAGGAUAACCCGAUAACAUCAACAAACAAGUCAUUUACAAAACAAGAUUCAGUAUUCGGGAUCAGAGAAUUUAUUAGUCCGUGUUUAGCAGAAGCGGUUCGAUUGUUUACUUAGUUAUUUAUACGUUAAGUUAUCUUUUAGAAAUUCAGUUCAAAUACUUAAUACUAAAAUGCUCUCACUCAACGGCCUAUUAUAAGUGAAAACUAUUAUGUGUUUCUUUAUUCAGCUCUACUGGUGUACAUUUCAUAAAACUGAACAAAAAUGUAAUUUUACUGAAUAUUAGCUUAGCACAAGAAAUCAGUCUUACUUUAAACAAAGCAUACUCCAACAGAACUAAAACAAUGGGUGACAACGUAUCUGAAAAUGAAGAUGAGUUCAUCUGGCAAGAUUAUUUAGAAACCACAAAAACUACAGAAGUACCACAUAUUGUUUUUACACAUGUGGAGCAGAGUCUCCAGAAUGGGUUCGAGGAAGGGAUGAAACUGGAAGUGCCUCUUAAGGAUAAGCCUGAGUGUCACUGGAUAGCUACAGUUGUUAUGGCCUGUGGACCUUUGCUCAGACUGAGGUACGAAGGAGAUACAGCCCGCAAGAAUGAGUUUUGGUGUGACAUGACAAAGGUCCAGGCUCACCCGCUGGGCUGGUGUGAGGCCAACAGACAGACGCUUGAGCCCCCUGACUAUCUGGCUGCCAGUAUCGAUAUACUAGAAGUGAAACAGAAUCUCAAAGAUUCUGUUAGCGUGCCAUCUGAACUGCUCUGUGGGGAAGGUUGUACUCCAGUAGACCGUAUUAAACCCUUGAUGAAAGUGGAGGUGCAAGAUCAAGCAGAUCCUUAUCGCAUGUGGAUUGCAACGAUUGUGGAGAAUGUAGGAGGGCGGCUAUUGCUUCGCUACGAUGUCCCGGAAGGUGUCAGUGCAAAAGAUUUCUGGUUGUUUUAUUCUUCUUCCCGCAUUUACCCUGUGGGUUGGGCUAACGAAAGAGGUCCUCCUUGGGUUCUUCGCAAGCCAAGUAAUGUCAUGUCCACUCACAAGACUGAGGAGUGGCAAGCAGUUUUGGAAAACAGUAAAACCGAAGCUUCCAAGUUGCCGUUUCCUAGAGAUAUACUAAACAAGUCUCGCAAGUCUUUAUGUCCUCAUGAUGUGGCAAUUGGGAACAAGCUGGAAGCAAUUCAUCCAGGCAACAUGGCCGACAUCUGUCCUGCCACAGUUGUUAAGAUCUUUGACAGCUAUUACUUCCUUGUAGCAAUAGAUGUGGUGAGAGUGACUGACAACCAUCAGCACACGUGGCUGGCUACUUCCACACACCCAUACAUAUUCCCUGUAGGUUGGGCAGCACAACAUGACCUGAAAGUGACACACCCACGUGGAUGGACAUGUGCACAAGAUGAGUUUGAGUGGGAGGACUAUCUGGCUGCCACCAACAGCACUGCGGCAGUGCUGCCACCACACCCACCUGUCCUCCAUGGUGCUGAACCCACCAUGCGACUGGAGGCAGUUGACAUUGACAAUCCCAGCCAUAUCUGUGUGGCGACCGUGCAGCAGAUCACCAACCAUCUACUCUGGAUACACCUCGAGACUGUCGACAGUUUCAAACCAAAACGGGCAGUCAGUUUGGACUCAUUGGAGAUAUUUCCGGUUGGCUGGUGUGACAGCAACUCCUACCCUCUCAAAGCUCCCAAAGUAAUACGCCGCACUCCUCAACCCUCGGACAUUAAGCCACCAACAAAAGAAGACGCACCAAAAGAAACUACAACAGAGAGGUCAAGCUCAUGGUGUCCAAUGAUUUACUUCAACCACAAGUGUUUCUCGGGGCCAUUUCUGUCGAAAGGGCGGCUGGCAGGGUUACCCCGCCACGUUGGUCCGGGUCCAGUCGUUCUCGUCAUGAAGGAAGUUUUGUCCAUGCUUAUCUCUGUGGCCUACAUCUCCUCUAGAGUGCUCAAGGAGCUGCAGUGUACUGGUCCUCCCAGGCCUGGCAUGCACCUCGAACUACUCAAGGCAAAAUAUAAGAGCAACGUGUACCGAGCCAUGGUGGAGAUAGUGACAUCGUCCGACAAAGUGGCAGAGUUCUGCAAGGAGGUGUGCCGCAAGCUGCAGGUCUGUCCACAUCUCUUUAGCCCUGUACCGGUCGGGCAAAAGACUUGCCCGGAGAACUGCCACACGCUCUCGAAAACCAGGUUCUUAAGCGUUUCUACAGCAUCAUCUCAGUCCACACUGAUUGGACAGCGUAAGGCAGGCCGACCACCAGACUCCCGCAAAAAUACACAGUUCCCAUGGCCCCGACGACCACCCUCCACACGACGCGAGUACUUAUCCUCCUUUAAGAAGAAUGGUGGACUUAACCAAAGACAGUGCGACUCACGCAGUGCCAGCGAUGAUGGUGAACACAAAGACAAGAGGAUGCGCUAUGAGACACGAGGUAUCAAAUUGCCCAAUUUUGGCCUUAAAUCUUCUCAGAUGAAACAGGCACUUGGGCUUAUAGAUAUACGAUCCAGUGCUUCUUCUAGCCACAGUCCAGAGAUGUCAGUGAACAACAAACAAAUAAAUAAUUCUGAAUCCAAAUCUGAAGUGAGCUCAGAUUCAAGUUAUGUCUUGAAGAAAAGAGGACGACGUUCAAAAGCUGAAAAUGAAAGACUUAGAAAACUAGAAGAACUGGCCCAAGAAACGAAAAUGGAUGACUCCCAGUACCAUGUAGAGACAAACCCGCUGUUAUGGACCAUUGAGGAUGUGUACCAAUACAUGAAACGAACUCAGGACUGUGAUAUGCUGGCAAACUUACUGCGGGAUGAGGAAUUUGAUGGAAAAGCAUUAAUGCUGUUGAAUUUACCUUCCUGUAUGGAUGAGUUGAACCUCAACCAGAAAACUGCUCUGAGACUCUGCCGACAUGUGGAGGCUGUUAAGUUUGCUUUCUUCAGUAACUUUGUCACAGACACAGAUCCUAGUUAAUGCUACAAUACCAUAGCUGUCAUUGUGAUAAUAUAAUGUUUUGUAAGAUAUAUAUUUAAUAAAAUAAUUUUGUAUCUUUUCUCAA